AUAACGAAUAUGGGCGUGAAUCAGAUAAUUCUCGAUAAUGAAAUGGAUAUUUUUAUACGGUGCCUACAUUUAAACAAACAAGAGACGAUCUAGUUCGUAGCUACAUCAGAUUUCGUAUUAUGAAGUAUAUAUUGUUAGUGAUCAGACAACAUAUAAAUGUUACCAAAUGAAUUUUGGUAAUAUUGGUUUGAAUUACGGGUAGAACUGGAUCGGCCCGAAGUUGGAAAUUUAAGUCCUUUAUUUGGCACGAUGGAGACGCUUGUGGGCUUAGUGCUGUGUGCAGCAUCAUCUUCCGUUCUUAUCUCUGCUUAUCCUAUAUCUCCGGAUGCUGCAGAAUGCGAGCUUCGAGAAGAUAUCCUUGUAUGUGACUACAAAAAUAAUGGAGAGUCUUACGUUCACUAUGAAGAUCCUGCUAAUUCCACCAUCACGCUUAUUGCAAUACUGAACGCCCAGGAAGUCCUGCUGAGACCGCCAUUGUGUAAGAACCUAGAAUUACACAAUAUUACCAAGAUCGAAGUUAUCCAAGAGGAGCCGAUUCCAUGUCACUCGGGCUACGAUGGUCAAUGCGAAAAAGGUGGUAAAUUAUCCACGUAUAACUCAGGUCUUUCGACAAUACCUUUUGGAUUAAGGGAAUUAUAUAUAAAAGAUUCAACGGUUGACUUUCUUGGCCCAAAUGUACCCAGAGAAUAUUCUAUUCAUCACUCACGUGUUAAAACACUCAAUAUAACAGGAUACACAGGUAGUGGACAAUCUGGCUUCAUUUAUAAUUCAACUAUUGAUGACUUACUUAGUAUGAAAAUUGAACCUAAUUAUACGGUAUUUCUUCAGAAUUCCGAAAUUGAUCAUAUUCACCAGAGGGCUAUUCUUGUCCAAGGGGGUAAUGUAAUUUUAGAUAAUACUUCAGUUAUGUCAGCGUAUAAUAAUAGCGUUUUGCUAACUGCAAGUUCCUCCAUGGAGCUUAAUGGAUUUGAAGGCAACUUGGGCUUAAAAACACUAGCGCCUAAGGAUGCCUUUGUGGAAACUUUUAAUGAGAGCAAUACUUUACAUACCCCUUUUACAGACGAUGAGCAUAGUACAGAAAAUGUUUAUUACAAGGCCUUCUUAUCUUUCCUCGUCCUUUUCGUGAUUAUGACAUUACUUUUUCUAAUUCAAGCCCUUGUCAUUAAAAGAAGAAUGACCAUACAUACCAACUCAUCAACAUUCGUUGAUCCCAUACCGAAAUUACUCCUGGUAGACAGAACGUCAAUUACACAGUUCCGUUGCUGCCAGACAACAUCGACCAAAGUCACCGUUCCUCAGAUGGGGUUGAUGACUUCGAAGACGAGCUUCUGAAGUCAUACGACAUCACGAAAGCUCUCUACCUCGAAGACACAGAUGACAUCAAAUCAGAAAUGCAGGCAGCUGUGGAUGCUCGCGAUAAAGAGGAAUUUGACGAGAUAGUGAUGGAAAAUAUAAAACUCCUAGAAUUGCAAGAUUUGCAGACCAAGAGGAGAAGUAAACCUGACAAACAUGUAGCUUUGAUGGAACGUGUGAACCACACCAUAAGACAGUUGAUUGAAAAACAGUACCGGAACCACUCAUUCAACCUUCAGAAUUGUGGGAAUGACUUAAAACUCAAAUACAAAGAUAUAAUGGUCGAAUGUAACAGCAGAUUCUUGGAAGAUCUGAUAGAAAUUAUCAAAAGGACCAUCGUCAAAUGGGACGACGACCUUCAAGAGGAAAAGAAUAAUUCGCCUGACUUGAUACGUUUCGUCCGAAAUCUCCUUUCAAAGUCACUGGAGUCCGUGAAUCAACUGGCUGGCAAGUUAGACCGAUUCAUCUUGCAGUGCAAUGAAGAACACAAGGUAAGUCUCAGUGAGUUGGAAACAAGUUGCAGAGCGAAAUUCGAGGCCAUAAACGCAUGCGCAGAGGAGAGGUCCGAUCUCGUCAGAAGGACUGAACUGGAAGACGCUGAGGUUUACGGUCGUGACAAAGCUCUCAGACUGUCGCUGAUACAAGAAGAGGUAUCUUCUGCGUCACGAGAACUGCGGCAGAAAGAAGCUCUGUUGGAAUAUUCCCAGAUAAAUCAGAAGAGCGUCCUUCAGGAGAAGAUCAUUAACCAGCAGACGGACAAUAUCAAGCAUCUGGAGAGGAUGAUAAUGACGCUGGCCGACAUCAGACGCUGUUACGUCCUUUCCUGUGAUAAAUAAUGGUAUUUUUGCCAUGCCCCUAGGUUAGGUUAGGAUAGUUUGGUUAGGUUAGGCCGAAUCAGUUAAAAAGGAGUGUGGGAAGCAUAAUGAGAUUAUUUCCAAGGAGAUUCUAUGGUUAGUUUUUAAGAUAUCAUGUCCCGCUUUUUUCAGGCAAGGUUCCAGGGUUCCAGCUCUAGGUUACAUUUAGGUGAUAUGCUGCCCAGUCAUCACAACAUGCAAAUCUCAUUCAACAGUAACAAGGGAAAGAAAUAUGUUCCAACAUAAGAUAAGUCAAAUUAUAUAUUAAAUGAGAACUCCUUGGAAGUCGAUGUUCAUUGCCUAUUGUAACAAGUCAUUAUUUUGUGAUAAUUUGAUCAAUAAAUUCAUAACAACAAGUUGAAUUAACUUAUAGAUAUAAUGACAUCCUUACGGGUGAAAGAAUA